GUCCCUGAGCCUGAAACUGUGGCUUCUCACAUGUAUCGCAUGGCCGUGCUUGCGAUGUCCUUAGAAGGACAGAUUGAAGGUUUGGAUAUUGCUCGGGCAGUUUCGAUGUGUUUGGUACAUGACUUAGCGGAGGCCAUUGUGGGAGAUAUAACACCAUACUGUGGCAUCAGCGAUGAAGAGAAAUUUGACAGGGAAAAUCGGGUUCUGAUCACGCUUUCUUUUGUGUUCAAUUUACUUAAAGCUAAGCUAGCUGAAGCUGUUUUAUCUUUCGACUCCGAAUCAGUACUGGCAUUUGAAUGGCACUUUUAUUGUUCUCUAAAUCCUUGA